CGGUCGUGACUUUCGGCCUGUUUUGGUGCUUGAGAGGAAGCUAUGUUCUAGGUCCAUCGGGGUUGUAUUAUUGGCUCUGCGUACCUCUCAGGCUUACGUUUCAAAGUUUUACUGAGUGCUUACUUCAUGCGUAUAUAUAGUGACGCACACUCUACUAUCCGGGUCCGUAAACAAACCGUGCGCAUACGCCCAACCCGGCUGCCGGCUGCGCGCGUCACCUCGUUUCCUCGUGACGUAAGCGUGGCUCAGGUUUCCCGCUGGGCACACAUUAGUGCCGCUUGUAACAAGAUACAAUGAGUUACCCAGGCGGAAGUGGGAAUCCUUAUCCACCACAGCAGGGUUAUCCGGGCUACCCACCUCAAGAUAGACCAAGUUACCCGAUGGGUGCUGUCUAUGGAGCACCACCAGUUGCCCAACAGACUCCUGGCUACCCACCCCAAGUGCCAAACCAGACAUAUUCACAAUCAUCUUCUGCGGGCUAUCCAUCGGCCCAGCCAGGUUUUGCUUCUCAGCCUGGUUAUCCGAGCCAACCCGGUUAUCCGAGCCAACCCGGCCAUCCGAGCCAACCCGGCUAUCCUAGCCAACCUGCCUAUCCGAGCCAACCCGGCCAUCCGAGCCAACCCGGCUAUCCUAGCCAACCUGCCUAUCCGAGCCAACCCGGCUAUCCGAGCCAACCCGGCUAUCCGAGUCAACCUGGUUAUCCAAGCCAGCCCAGUUAUCCAAGUCAGCCUGGUCACCCUAGCCAGCCUGGCUACGCUAUGCCCACAGCCACUGGCCAUCAAAGUUCAGCUCAAGCAUACCCUGGCUACCCAACAAGCCAGAGUAGCUAUCCUGCACCUGUGUCUGCUGCUAGCUAUCCUGCUACACAGGCAGCCCCCAGCACAUACCCAUCUGCAGGCUACCCUAACGCAGGCACGACACCUGGUGGUUAUGGUACACCUUAUGCACAGUCAGCCUAUGGAGCAGGAUCUGUUUACUCCAGCGCUGCCCAUGUUACUCACUCAGCAUCCUAUACAGGACAGCGUUUACGAGAUAGUCCAGGCAACGCAAGAAACAUGGCCACCAUCAGACCCUACCCAGGAUUCAAUCCCCAAGAUGAUGCCCAGGCACUUAGGAAGGCCAUGAAGGGCUUUGGCACCGAUGAGGCUGCCAUCAUUGCUAUUCUCGCAAAAAGGACGAGCGACCAGCGACAGGCGAUCAUGACAACAUACAAGCAGAUGUUUGGACGGGACCUUGUAAAGGAUCUCAAGUCGGAGCUGUCUGGGAAAUUCGAGGAUGUCAUUGUUGGGCUGAUGACACCGCUCUAUGAAUUCCUGGCGUCUGAGUUGAAGGCUGCCAUGAAAGGUGCUGGCACUGACGAGGACUGCCUAAUUGAAAUCCUCUGCACCCGCACCAACGCUGAAAUUUCUGCCAUCAAGGAGACCUACAAGCAGAAAUAUGGCAAAGAUCUUGAGAAGGCUGUGGUCAGUGAAACGUCUGGUGACUUCCAGCGUAUACUUGUGUCCAUGUUGACGUGUUCACGUCAAGAGGGAGUGCCCGUAGAUGCCAACAGAGCUGCAGAAGAUGCACAGAAACUGUACCAGGCUGGUGUGGCCAAGUGGGGCACAGAUGAGUCGACUUUCAAUGCCAUCCUGGCCUCCCAGAGCUACGACCAACUACGCCAGGUGUUCCGCGAGUAUGUGCGUUUUGCCAACCAUGAUAUCAUGGAGGCCAUCAAGAAGGAGAUGUCUGGCAACUUCAGGCAAGCCCUGCUUACGAUAGUGAAAUCUGUCUACAACACAGAGCUGUACUUUGCUGAAAAACUCCAUGAUGCCAUGAAGGGAGCUGGAACUGAUGACAAGACCUUGAUUCGCAUUGUUGUAAGCCGCUGUGAGACUGACUUGGCUAUCGUCAAGCAGGAGUACCAGAGAGCUUAUGGCAAGAGCCUUGAAGAUGCUAUCAAGGGUGACACUUCUGGCGAUUAUCGAAAGGUCCUGAUGGCGCUUGUCUCUGGAAACUAAGACACCAAGGGGUCCUGCCGCUUUCCUCAAGAGAUUGCGCGUGUGACAUCUCGACAACGCCAUGUGGCAACUUCCUUUUAUUUUCGACUGUCUACGGUCUUUCCACUCUGCCUGCAUUCUUAAUUGGUGUUGGAACUCUAGCCUACAUUCUCUCUUCAUGUUGUAAAACUGUGCUGCGGCUUAUGCUAAAUUUUUAUUGCUGUAAAAAUUUUUUUUUGUGUAUUAUGAUUCACUCUUGUAUAAUACAGCAAGAUCUAAACGUCCAUGUUUUACAUGCUUUGAAUGAAAGAAAAUCGGGACAACAUUAGUUACUUUCUAGGCGUAAAUGAUGCUUACUUAGUCCGGGAUGUCCGAAGUUGACACAACCGCGCUUAAGGCUCUAUGGUCUCCUGUAGUUUCAAGCUCAAAGUUCAUUCUAUUAAAGUAUAUCUAAACAUAUUUUGUAAAAUGAGAGUGCAGAAAAAAAAAAGAAGUCAUGUGAGACUGUUCAAAGCCAAACUUGGUGUAAAAUCGUUUCGUAGUAAGUAAAGUCUAUGCUAGCAUACUGCCAUAUGGGACCAUGGCCCAAGAUCAAGAAAGCGUGCCUAGCUUUAGGUGCAUGAAUUGGAGACAUCGUGUCUGGAAUAUGUUAACCCAGAUGAUGCAAAGCUUUGAAGUCUUGUUGUUAUUGUUUUAUCCCCAGUUUUUAUGCAUAUACGUAAUAGUUGUUUUGUUAUAAAAAUAGAAUAGCUUUUAUGUUGUUGUUGAGCAUUCAUAGUUUAAGUCUUUUAUAGUUUAUCCAUGUCACAAAUGACAUGUGCUGUGGCCAAGCUUCAGCAUCCGGUGCACGAUGCGAAACCCCGGUGAACAAUUGUCUUUUGUCGCAAGAAGUUUUGUGAAACGCUUGCGACUGCUCUAGUUUUCCGAUGCAUGAGCAUUGUCUAAGCUUAACCCUAUCUUUACAAAUUUUUUUUUUUUCUGAUGAGUAUCUUUGUUUUUAUUGGAGCUGUGCAAAUAUAUGUGUGUAUUGGAUACUGCAGUAUGCACUCUUGAAAGUUCAUUUACAAAUUGUGAACUAAGCGGUUAAGGAACAAGCUGUAGUGGAUGUUUGCCUACACUGCCAUUUUUACAAAAAGCUUUCAUAAAAAUUUUCAAAUGUCUUCAAGAAAGAAAACACCCACGACGUAGUUUUGAAAGAUGGCUGGUUCUUCUAACAGUUUUGAAUGUGAUGAGAAAAACAUGAUACUGAGACAAGGCAGGAGUUUCUUGUAAUGAGAAAAUUGUUUUAGUACAUUAUUUAAGUCUUAAAUCAGAGAUGUUAAUAGUGUUUUGGUGUACUAUACUUAAUCCCCCUUUUUUUUAUUGUGCAUGCUGUCAGUAACUGUAAUAUAUUUAUUUUUCUUGCAUUCAAGUCUUUAACCUGCUUUAUUGCUGUUCUCCUUUCUUCACACCUUUAGGGAACCUGUUUGGGUGUUUGUCUUUUUUGUGUUAUUCCAUAUGCUACCAGCUGUCUGGUGCCUUGAAAAACACGUGGCAAUCCUGCACAGCACAUCUGCAUAACAAGAACACAGCUCAUGCAGCCUGAACAGCCCUACUUAACACUUACUUCAUGCUUUAGCACAUGGCUUUUACUCACAGUUGCACGUGUUCCCUACAGGCACCAGAUUGACUGGCGGCUUGCAAGCAGGCUUUGGCGUGUGAUCUUGGCAUAGCAGGUGAUAUUCGAACUCGCGAUAAUGAUGCGCGCAAGCGUUCGAAUAGCAGUUCUAUUGUAAGGUCACUCGUAUUUGUACGUUGCACUAACCCAAGCAAUGCGCCAACUUUUUGUAGGAAAGAGGACAAACAUGCGUGGUCAACAGCGCUUCUGCAUGUUGUCUUGGAUGGUUGUCGAGCAACCGCUAUUUUGUCAACUGUUCUUUUUUUUAUAGGAUCCCUAAACCACACCAUUUUUUACUUUAUUGUAAAUUUUAGUUUGUUUGGCCAUAACAGUGUCUUCCUUGUUUGGUCACUAUUUUUAUGAUGAACUUAAUACGAGCUUUUUACCUGUUACCUACUACUAUGAGACUCCACUUGUGUGGUGCUGCUUUUGCAAACGUAGUCCAUUUGUAAGCACUUGGCUUCUUGCAUUGCUAACUAACUCCUAGCCUUCCAGCAUUGCAUAGUGCCUUGCAAGCUUCGACUAUUUUCGAAUAUCGUUGCUAGAUGUGCAAAUGUCUGUGCUACCUUUACAGCCAGAACAAUUAUUUGUAAAUACUGGCAAACAUUAGUGGGCCACAGUAGAGGUGCAGGGCUUUUGACACUAUGCCAAGUUUUAUUCACUUGUUCCAUUUUUGACACUAUACUCCAGACCGCUAAGUUUUGUUCAAUUGUUCUGUUACAAAGCUAUAUUCUGGACUUGGGUAUUCUGUGAAACUUAUUCGACUGGUUCCGCAUGUCAGUCUUGCAGUGCUUGGUUGAUGUUUUCUUUUUCUUUCAGUUUGCCUGUUUGGGACAGGUACGGCAAGAUCAAGAUAUAGUGAGGUUCAAAAGUGAAUGAUUGUGCUGCCCUUAAAAAUAUCCAUUUGUUUGGGGCAUUGCUAAUUCAAUGCGCUGAUAAGUGGUUGUUGGGUUUACAAAGUUACAAGUACACUAACCUCUUGAAUAAACUGUUGCAUGCUUACAA